GAUAAAAACCCAGUUUGUUCGGGAAAUUGGAAUCCCAUGUCGAUCGCGAGAAACGCACACUUUGCUGCUUCUUCCUCUCUUCCUUGGCAAUUCAGGAGACAAGAACUGAAAUCAGUAGAUCCAGAGGCGAAACAGAGUGGUACUGCGGCCUGUUGAGCUGAUAAUAUAGAUCUGAGCUUGGCGCUUCUUCAAUUACGUAGAUCUCUUUGGUGGUGAAGUCGAACUCUCGUGUGCGGCAUUGAUUGUGGUAUCUUCGUUCAUCGUUCUAUCAAUCAAGAUGGUUGUGCUUGCAGCUUCUAUUGUAACCAAGUCUGGGAAAGUUCUUGUCUCUAGGCAGUUUGUGGACAUGUCUCGUAUACGGAUUGAAGGUCUUCUGGCUGCAUUCCCUAAGUUGGUGGGUACGGGAAAGCAGCAUACAUAUGUCGAGACUGAGAAUGUACGCUAUGUGUACCAGCCAAUAGAGCUUAUGUAUUUACUGCUCGUGACAAAUAAGCAGAGCAACAUUCUUGAAGAUCUAGAGACUCUUCGGCUCCUCUCUAAGCUGGUACCCGAGUAUGCUAUGUCUCUUGACGAAGAGGGUAUUUGCAAGACAGCUUUCGAGUUGAUUUUUGCCUUUGAUGAGGUCAUCUCCCUUGGGCACAAGGACAAUGUAACUGUUGCCCAGGUGAAGCAGUACUGUGAGAUGGAGAGUCAUGAAGAGAAAUUGCAUAAGCUAGUAAUGCAGAGCAAGAUCAAUGAAACCAAGGAUGUCAUGAAGCGAAAAGCUAGUGAAAUUGACAAAAGCAAGCUUGAAAAGAAUAGGGGCGAGAAGGGAGGGUUCAUGUCAUUACAAUCAAUGGGCUCUGGAAGAAUCGAGAGUAGCUUCAAUGAUAUGAAUCUUUCUAGCAGUGGAAGUGGCUUUGGAAGUGGUUCUGGGUUUGGAUUGAACACUGAUAUUGACUCGUUCUCCAGCAAGUCAAAAGGUCGUCCACCUUCAUCUGCUACUGCACCUGCUAAAGGUCUUGGCAUGCAACUUGGUAAAACUCAAAGGACAAACCAGUUCUUGGAGUCUUUGAAGGCAGAAGGUGAAGUCAUCAAUGAAGAAGUGCAACCAAGUGCAGGUCAAGUAAGAACUGUUGCUGCACCACUAACUGACCCAAUCACUCUUAAUGUGGAGGAGAAGCUGAAUGUCACUCUGAAACGGGAUGGUGGAAUAAGCAACUUUGAUGUUCAAGGGCAAUUGUCACUUCAGAUUCUUAACCAGGAAGAUGGGCUGAUCCAAGUUCAGGUUUUCUCUCCAUCUUUUCCCCUACUUUUUUUCCCUGUAAAUCUGAAGUGGCCUCCCCUAUGAGCAUGUAGGCGUGGUUUUCAAGUUGAACAUCUCCCCCUUCGGUUGUGUUCCAUUGUGUAACUUCUCUGUAUUCACAGAAUCAUUAUUUCUUUCUAGAUCUAGGUUAAAACUGUUAUAUAUUACUUAUAUCUUUAUUACAAAGAGUAAUAUUUACAUUUGGACUUUUGAGUUGGUCUUUUCUGCUAGUAGUAUAUAGCGCUGUGUUGCAUGAAGCCUGUUUAGAAACAGUCCUAUGCUUUGGUAUGAGAACUUGAUGGAAACAGGAUCUAGUGGGGUCCCUGGUAGGGUUAGAUAGCUGAGAAUUGGAUUGGGAGUUAGGGAUUUAGAAGAUAUUGGGGAUAAAUGGGGGGCGAGUUAGAGGUAGGUUAGGAUAGAAGAAAGCAAGAAGAAGAGGGGUUCGUUUGGGAGGGAGGACGAAGGAGAGAGGGAAGAGAGAGAGAGAGUGGGAGGAGAGAUUAGUUUUAGGGACAAUUUUUCUUCUGUAGGUGCUUAAUUGAAUCCAUAACCCGGUAAAUUCUCUUAAACUACCCAUAAUUAACCAUUAUCACGAAAAUACCAAAUAACACCCAAAAGCCCCUUUAAAUGUACUCAAAUAUCCCGAUAAUUCCAAAAAUACCAUAAAGCAUAAAUAAUUGUGCGAAUAUAAAAAAUAAGAUGGAAACCAGGCUUCCAUCAAAACUACAUUAAUCAUGGCGAUGUGCAUGCUGUUAACUGCGUCUUUCAAUUGGCUGUAUUAUAUUCAAGUGUUACUGAUCCGUCCCAGAGAUGUUAUUUUGUGAUGCUUUUAUACUUUGUUUCAUUCAUUUAGAUUGAAACCAGCCGGAACCAAGGCGUCAUUUUCAAGACUCACCCUAACAUGAACAAGGAACUAUUUGCAAAUGAGAACAUUCUGGGCUUGAAGGACCCAAAUAGGCCUUUUCCUACUGGUCAAACUGGUGAUGCUGCUGGAGUUGGUCUUUUGAAGUGGAGAAUGCAAAGUGGAGAUGAGUCAAUGGUGCCACUAAUAAUCAACUGCUGGCCCUCUGUGUCCGGAAACGAGACAUAUGUCAGCAUUGAAUAUGAAUCUUCGUCCAUGUUCGAUCUGCAGAAUGUGUUAAUCUCAGUUCCUCUUCCAGCUCUAAGAGAGGCACCACGUGUUAGGCAGGUCGAUGGCGAGUGGAGGUAAUGAACUUAGUUUUGUUUUUGUGGAAGGUGAUUAAAUAAAAGCGGGGUUCUAUAUACUGGGAAAUGAUACCCUCUAACAAAGUCGGCGCCAUUUGCCUUGAAAAAUAUAUUUUCUUCUUUGGGUUUAUUGGAGCUUCUUCUCAAGCAGUAAGCCAUAUCAGUGAAUCAUCGUCCAUUUUAAAUUGGAACGGGGUAAAAAUAAGCUGGAUGGAAGAGCAGUAUGUGAUUUCGGAUGUUGUGAAUCUUUGUGCAUAUAAAGAGGUCCCGGGUAUAGUAAAAGGAAAUUCAUGUGAAUGCACAUGUAGUUGUAUUGAGUACUGGCUGCCAUGAUUUUAUGUUCAAAUCGAACUGCAUAAACAUGAUAUGCAAUGCAACUGUGAGUCACUAACAUGUGUUUUCAAACUUGUAGGUUUGAUUCCCGAAAUUCUGUUUUGGAAUGGUCUAUUCUUCUUAUCGAUAACUCGAACCGCAGUGGAUCAAUGGAGUUUGUUGUACCUCCAGCAGAUACGUCAGCUUUCUUCCCCAUUUCUGUCCGAUUCUCAGCUGCUAGUACAUACAGUGAUGUGAAGGUUGCCACUGUCAUUCCUCUCAGAGGCGGAGCUCCUCCAAAAUUCUCCCAGAGGACGCAGUUGGUUACAGAGAAUUACCAAGUAGUCUGAUAACUUCAGUCCGUCUCAUUGAGUCGAAUAGCCUUUUUUUUUUUUUUUAUAAUUUUCGGCUUUUAGAUGAUGCAUUCGUCGAGUAUCGAAAGCUGGAGGAGUGGGGUAAAAGAGACGUUUAUAUAAUCCGUAAGAUUCGUUUGUCAAUUUUGAGAAUUCUGAGAUUUGGUGCCUCUUAUGUUCGGUUUCUGUUCCCGUUUUUUCGAUUGUACAAAUAGUUUCAUGGUGGUAGGCUUCUUCUCCAUCAUCUUCAGAACAUCGUCAAUUGUUAUGUACCUUGGGUCCUCAUAUAUUUUACUAAGAUCAUUAAUCAAGCUGCUUGUAGAAUGAUAAUGACUAAGAAUCUAAGAUCAUUGCUCGAAUCCCAAGUGGGUAGGGAUUGGAUAGAGACUAUCUUUGAUCUUACUAGUUGGCAACUUAAUGAAAGCUUGUUUUACCAA